AUGCCUUUGGCAGCAGAGACAAAACGCAUCGUCGACCAGUUCGAGUACACGGACGACGAUGUGAACAAGGGAGUCAAGGAGUUCCUCCGCCAAAUGGAGGAGGGUCUCGCUAAGGAUGGCACCAGCUUAAGCCAAAUUCCCACGUAUGUGGCAGCCGUCCCUUCUGGCAAAGAACAGGGUCUGUAUCUUGCGGUCGAUCUUGGCGGAACAAACUUCAGGGUUUGCUCGGUCCAUCUCAAUGGCGACAAUACGUACGACCUCAACUUCAACAAGGUCGCAAUUCCAAAGGAGCUGAUGGUUGCCAAGACUUCCGAGGAACUCUUUGCCUUCCUCGCCAAGCAGAUUGAGGUUUUCCUUAAGGAUCACCACGAGGAUCACUUUGAGUCGCUGAGGCGCCGUCGAGAGGCCACCAGCGCCACCAAUGGAUAUCGUGAGGAGGAUGUCUUCAGGCUGGGUUUCACCUUCAGCUUCCCGGUCGACCAGGUUGGUAUUAACAAGGGCAACCUGAUCCGGUGGACCAAGGGGUUUGACAUCGAUGACACUGUCGGCAAGGACGUCUGUGCCUUGCUUCAGGCCGAGCUUGACAAGCUCAAGCUGCCUGUGAAGGUGGCAGCUCUGGUGAACGACACUGUCGGUACCCUCAUGGCUCGCGCAUAUACAUCGCCGAGCAAAAAGGGAACCAUUCUUGGCGCCAUUUUUGGAACGGGUACCAACGGAGCAUACAUAGAGAAGUACAAGAACAUCAAGAAGGGCCUCAAAGGAACCGACUACGUCGACACAACGGGCGAAAUGAUCAUAAAUGCCGAGUGGGGGUCUUUCGACAACCAGCUCAACGUGCUUCCCAGCACACCAUGGGACAUCAACCUGGACCGCGAAAGCAACAAUCCUGGCGUCCAGAUGUUCGAGAAGCGGGUAUCGGGCAUGUUCCUCGGUGAGAUUCUGCGCCAUGCCAUUGUGGACUUGGUCAAGAACGACAAGGUGCAAUUUUUCAAGCAGGUGCACGCAAACUCGAGCGCUUCGUCGCUGUUCACGCAAUACGGCGUCGAUAGCGCCAUCAUGUCAGACGCCGCUGAGGACAACACUGCAGAUCUUGCUGCACUUCGCAAGAAGCUCGGCUCAGAGAUUGGUCUCACUGAUGUAUCAAUCGAGGAUGCGCAGGCCUUCAAGGCUAUAUCUGCCGCGGUUGGCCGACGUGCAGCCCGUCUUUCGGCGGUUGCUGUUGCCGCCGUGGUCCUGAAGACGGGCAAGCUGACGGACCCGGAUUGGGAGGGUGAGCAGAUCGACAUAGGCGUCGACGGCAGUCUCUUCCAGUUUUACCCUCAGUUCCCCGACAUGAUCUACGAGGCGCUAAGGGUGAUCGAUGGCAUCGGUGAGAAAGGAGCUCAACAAAUCACAAUCGGGCUGACUCAAGAUGGCUCUGGUGUCGGUGCUGCGCUCAUUGCUCUGAUUGCAGCCGAGAUGGAAAAGAGUGCUUCGGGAUCGAAGUAG